UCUAUACUGCUCACUUGUAUUUUAACCUUUGUUAAAUUUAUUGUACUUUUAAGUUUUAAUAAAAUUUUAUCAGAAAUUUCCACUUAAACAGAAUCCAGAAAGUGAAACUUUUACCAAGAAGGUUUUGUUAAAGGCGAUCGUCAAUACAAGAGGCCAUCAUGACUUCGAUUGUGGAAGUGCCUAAAUCAAAUUUGGACGAGCCGUUGCCGCCAUGGAUGAAGAUAGAUUGGUCCGAUGAGGUCCUCCACGAUAUUUACCGUGACUGGGGAGUCUACUACUCACGUCGCCGUCGGGAGAACUUCGCGUUGCAUUAUUUGAACAAGGCCCUGGCACUGGAGCCCUUGGAUCAUAUGACCUUGUAUAAGCGAUGCCAGAGCAAAAGAAAGGCUGCUCAAAUGCUGGGCGCUUUGGCCGACAGUCGAGAUGCCGCCAAGUUGGCCCUUAAGGUGGAUGGCGAGGAGAAGGCCAUAAUAAACCUUGAUAUUUGUGACGUGCUAUACGAGUUGAACCAGUUCGAAAACAGCAAGGCCGAAAUGCACAAUAAUUUGCGAGUCUUUAUUGGUAACAAGAGAAAGAGUUUCGAGCAACGUCAGUUGGUGGUGGAUGGGGUGAUAAAAGAUGUAACUGGCGAGGCCAUGUCGGAGUUCUUCACAAAGAACCUAAAGACGGUCAAUAUCGUACAUGAACUGAUCAGGGAGAAGGAAAGGAUCGACAACCGACCUUUGUGGAAGGUUCUGAAGGAGCAGGGCAAGUGCGAUGUGCAGAGUAUCCCGGAGGUUCAGGAGGAGAUGCUUUCUCCCAUGGAGAUUGCUCGCAGGAAGCGCGCCUUCAAUAUCUUCCACCAGUCAUACAUCAAUGACUCCUGGAUCGAUGUGCUCUUCAUGAAGAUGCUCUGCAAGAAUCCCACCCUUUUGCUGCCUCAGUGCAAGGAGUCUACCUAUUUUCUCCACAAUCUGUCUCAGAAGCAAUACGACAUCGUUCGCAAGUUUAUGAAAAUGUUGCAGUCCAGGUGUCCUCUAUAUCUGGUCAACUACCUGAAGUAUCGCAAUAAAGCGAUGUCGGACAGAUAUCGGGAGGCUUACCUGUUCAGAGUACAGUACCAGACUCAUCGAAACAUGAACCAGGCUCUGAAACAGAUUCGAAAACUUCGCAAGGGCAAGAAGGUGCAGCAACUGGCCAAGUUCGUUGAGGAACUAAUGGGCAGCUAUGUGGUUCUAAAAACGGCUCGUGUGAUGUGCUGGAAGUUCGAGUUCCUAAACGAAGUGUACAACACGAUGGCUUUGGCUCUGGCCGAACAACUCCGAGUGCCAAAGAACUUCACGGCUCUGGGAAGCAAUGCCAUUCUCAGGUUGCUGCGUUUGCCAGUGGAAAGAGUGAAGGAUUUCGUGACACUGACAUUUGGAGAUCGACAACCAGAGCCUGAGGGUAACGAUGCUGCAACAAUAAGGGCAAAGAAGCUCACCGCUCGCCUUGAGCAUCGAAUGAUAUUUGCAAAGUACUCAAUCGAAAAGUGUUACUUGUUGCACCAGAUCUCUCAAGCGUAUUUGGAUCAAGGACGUCAUUCUGAGUGUGCUUUUAAUGCUCGCAAGGCUAUAAAAGAAAGCAAGAACUGCAAUAGCUUCCUUUGGAAGUUUUUAAGCGUUGUGCAGAUAGUCAAGGCCAAUGCCAUUCUGCACAAGUUGGAGCAGACCAGGGAGGCUCUGGAGGAUGCCCUGCCCGUCGCCCAUGCUCUCAAAGCUCCGGAGUUGGUACACUUUAUCGAGAUCUGCUUGGCGUGCAACACGGAGGAUUCGAUCAACAAGCGGGCCACCCUAAUGCAGUCGCGGCGGGAGAGCAAGGCCGAAUCUGUGGCCACCCACUCGUUGGUCAGCGCCCAGGAAAACGAGGGGAGCGGCCCAGAGGAAGCAGUGACUGCACCGGUACCAGAAUAAAUUUUAAUUCAUUAUUUUAAGUUUCUUUUGUUUAACAAAUGUUCUGGUGUAAAUUUAAAGCCAAAAUAUAAGUAUCUCAAAAACAGUA